UCGAUAUUCAUUGAAGUUAUGCUCAACCGCCAAUGCAGUGCACUGCUGAAAUCACAUCACCUACACUUUUCCAGGUUCACUGAAUUCAACAUCGCAAAAGGCAUCAGAAAUGCUUCCAUAAGCUCAGCAAUCCAGAAAGGAAUAUAUAGCUCUCGCAAUUCUUACCCAGGUCGGGAGAACAGGAAGAACCGUGGUGGUAGAGGGGGAAAGGGGGGAAGAGGGGGUAGAGAGGGUAGAGAGAACAGGGAGGACAGGAAUGGAUGGGAAGGCAGGAAGGACAGGGUGGUACAGAGCGGUAGGGACAAUUCAACCUGGAUUCGACCUGAUAGACAGAGACCCAGUGACCAAUAUAACCGUCGGGUACGGCUCAUGAGAGAUGAAUCCAGAUCAGAUUGCCCAACCCCAGAGACUGAUACAGGAGGGUACAGCAAACCCAAUUUCCACCGGAUCGGGGAUUCGCAAACGUGGGACCGACGCGAUUCUCAGAGAAGAAAUGAUAUGGCUAGCAAUAAAUCUAGCCUCUCCUUCCCUAAGAACCGUCGUGAGCGGAAUGCAGAAAGGCUCGCUGAACGGUCAGAACAAACAGAGUAUACUCUGGAAAGAUCUCCACAUACACAGCCCCAAGUUUCUAUUACAGCUCCUCGCUCCAUCCCAUAUACGACAGCUGCCUCUGAGUUUGUAUACGGUUCUUCAGCUGUGUUGGCUGCUUUGAGAUGCGGCCGUCGCAAACUCUACAAGCUCUACAUCCACAAUGCUCCAGAUAAGGUCUCACUCCGAUUGGGAAGGCACUCGCCUCGGGAUCCAAUGCUGGAUACCAUAAUUAAAUUUGGCCUGGCUGCUGGUGUCAGUGUCAAGCAGGUUGCUGGCAAUUGGCCCAAGUUAUUGGAGAAAAUGAGCGGUGGAAGGCCGCAUAACGGGUGCAUCCUAGAAGCAUCCCAACUCCCCAAAUUACCCGUCAACGGCCUCCUCGCAGUCGAAUCGCCUUUAGACAAUCAUUUUAAUGUGUCAGUUUGUCAGCAAUCAGUGGAGGAGGCGGAUGUCAAUGGAACGAGUGGACGUAUUCCUCGAUCAACGUAUAGGGAUGGGGACUCUUCCUCAACAGGGAAUGAUAUUAAACUCGCUCCUCGUUAUCCCUUUGCGCUCCUUCUAGAUGGGAUUCGAGAUGAAGGAAACGUAGGCGCAAUUAUCCGAAGCGCUUACUAUUUCGGUGUCGAUGCCAUAAUUUUGUCCACCCGAAAUAGCGCCCCGAUAUCUGCUGUCGCUGUAAAGGCUUCCGCAGGUGCCGCGGAGAACAUCCCGAUCCUGACAACCACCAACCCAACCCUCUUUUUGAAAAACACACACAUGAACGGCUGGAAAUUUUUCGCAGCUGAAGCGCCUGCCGCGGCUAUUGCGUCCCAACAAUCCCUCAGCACAUCAGCAGAGCAAAUUCUCAGUCGACGAGAUGUAAAAAGCAAACUCAACGAAAGCCCUUGCAUUUUGAUGCUUGGCAGCGAAGAUCAGGGCCUGCAGAAAAGUGUUCGACAACAAGCAGAUGGCGUCGUGGUUAUACCAGGAGCUAUCACCUCCACAGGCGAGGAAGAUCGAGCGGGGGUCGAUAGCUUGAAUGUGAGCGUUGCUUCUGCGUUGUUAUGCGAGGCCUUUCUUGGGGACCCAUCAUCUACUGGCCCGGGCUUGUCGUCGUCUGAGGAGGGAAUGAUGUCUACUGUCGACCUGAUCCGUGAGGAGGCGAAGGAGGACCCAAAUAAGAUGUUUUGA